AGGAUAUCCACAGACCACACGAGUGUAAAUUUAUUAAUCUCACCCGCGUCUUUAGUCUCUUUAUCAUCAUUUUACAAGGGGGACACGUACAUAUACUACAGAGAAGUGUGUGCGUACUGAAACUGAAGCAGAAGUGCAAAAGGAAUAAAGCCUUGCUCAUGAGGGAUAGUGACUGACAUUUCUGGUGGUUGUUCUGUGAACGCUUGGCUGAAGCUAAAAAGCAUCCACUCUGAGGCAGGGUCUGUGACGAGCCAUCAUGGUCCGCCUCACCAUGGAUCUGAUUUCCAAAUCCAGCUACCAUUUGACAGACAAGAGAAGCUACUCCCUCCCACAGUAUCUCAAGAAACUCACUCACCUGAACUUCUAACAAGUACAUAGUGGACAUUGAAGAUCUCUCCAUGUGCAUAAACCUUACAGUCCUCUACCUGUAUGACAAUAAGAUCACCCAGAUCUGCAACUUGGGCUUUGCCUCAAACCUCACACACCUAUACAUGCAGAACAACAACAUCAUUCACGUAGAUAACCUCUCCAACCCGCAGAAGCUCUCCAAGCUGUGUCAUGAAUAUCAACAGGAACAACAUAGAUGAUGUCAGAGAUCUUGCCGUUCUAAAGAAACACACUUUGCUGCAGACAACCAGCUACAGGACAUGCAGACUUCCACAUGGGCCCCCAUCCUUCAUACAACUAUAAUUAUGGCAACACCCGUGGCAAGAAGAAUCCUCUGGAGGGGGCGACCCAGCAGGAAGGUCCACUUGGAACACUCACAACUGGACAGUGCAGCAAUGAGGUUUAUAAGUGCUCCCUAUAUGGUUGGAAGACAGACGAUCCGCAUGGAUAGUGGAAAUGGCCCAGUGACAGUUAUGGAUGAGAGUCCCACAUCUAGCCCCAGCUCCAGCCCCAGUCCUGACAUGCUGACCCCCGACACUCGGCGUCCGGAGGCCCUGCAGCACUCCAGGGUGGUCCAGGCCGGUGGGCUCGGUGGCAGAGGGCGACCGGCAGCAGCCAACGCAGCACGGGAGAGGAGUCGAGUGCAGACCCUGAGAAGCGCAUUCCUGGAGCUACAGAGGACUCUUCCGUCGGUGCCACCGGACACAAAACUGUCCAAGCUCGACGUGUUGAUUUUGGCCACCACGUAUAUAGCCCAUCUGACUCGGACCUUGCAAGAGGAGGGGAUGGAGGAGGGAGAGAGCAAUAGACAAACAGAGGCCUUACACUCGCUGAAAGGUGAAGGUUACCUGCACCCUGUGAAAAAGUGGCCAAUGCGAUCCAGGUUAUACGUCGGCGCCAGCGGUCAGUUUCUGAACAAUUCAAAACAGACGGAAAAUCAAGGCGCAUCAUCGUCGACCUCGCAGACAUAAAUCUAUCCACUGCAUAAGGGACUUCUAAUUCAGACGACCAUUAAUUAGUAAGACUCUUUCAGCUAAAUCCACCAAUGAGGACUUAUGAAAUGGACAGCAGAUUCGUCGUCUGACAGUGCUUAUUAUUUUUAUUUAUCAAACAACUGAAGUCUCUGCUUUCGACUUCAGUAUUUUCAUGUAAAGGAGACAGUCACGACUCUUUCAA